AUGGGGGACCUCACCGCCGCGGACCUCAACGGAAAGGAGGUGUUCGGACACCCAAAGACUAAUCCUCCAUUAUUUCGAAAAUUGACUUUUGAAGAUGGGGAUUCACUUGUGAGAGUUAAUUCGCUGAAACCUAUUUCAGUAGAUAGCAAUGAUGAAAUUCAUGCUAAUGUAGCAGAAGAAGUAAUUCCGAAAUUGGGAAUCGAGUUUGAGACUGAGCAAGAAGCAUAUGAUUUCUAUAACAAUUAUGCACGUGCAGUCGGAUUUAGUAUUAGGCGAAGUAAAGGACAAUAUGAAAAGGGGAAUCAAGAUGAUUUACGUAAAUGGUUAGAUCGAGUUUUUUAUUGUUCUUGCCAAGGUCUACGAGGGAAUGACAAAAGAGAUGAUGAUGUGAAACGCCAUGGUCCAGAAACAAGAUGUGGUUGCUUGGCCGAGAUGAAAAUUAGUCGUAGAGCUAGUGAAAAAUAUUCUGUAAUAAAAUUUGUAUCAAAUCACACACAUGUUUUAGCUUCUCCUCGUAAACGUAUAUUCCUUAGAUCUCACAGAACCAUUAAUCCGGCUCAAGCUGUUGAAGCUGAAUUAGCAGAUACUUCUGGAAUUGCACCAAAAGCAAGCAUAGGACUACUGGCUAGAAGGGUAGGUGGACUUGACAAUCUUGGCUUCAUUCCUGAGGAUUAUAACAAUUAUUUGCGUACAAGACGAACACAAGAGAUGAAAAUUGGAGAUACAGGAGGCCUACUUGAAUAUCUUCAAAGAAUGCAAUCUGAAGAUCUUAAUUUUUCUUAUGUGAUUCAAGCUGACGUUGAUGAUCUUAUCACCAAUAUUUUUUGGGCAGAUGGUAGAAUGAGAUUAGAUUAUGAAUAUUUUGGAGAUGUAGUAUGCUUUGAUACAACUUACAAAAAAAAUAAAGAAGGUAGGCCCUUUGCAUUAUUUGUUGGAGUUAAUCAUCAUAAACAGAGUAUCAUCUUUGGUGCUGCAUUGUUAUAUGAUGAAACAUCUGAGACUUUCAUGUGGUUGUUUGAUUCUUUUCAAAAGACAAUGUUUGGUAAGAAGCCACAAACUAUCCUCACAGACCAAGAUCCUGCAAUGGCAAAAGCAUUAGCUUCACAAUGGCCAGAAACAAAACAUCGUCUAUGUAUUUGGCAUAUGUACCAAAAUGCUGGUAAGAAGCUCAAUGAUGUGUUUGGAAGGUAUAGUAGCUUUGCAAAAGACUUUAGUAGUUGUGUAUAUGACCACGACGAUGAAGAUGAUUUUUUACAUGCAUGGGAUAAGAUGCUUGAUAAAUAUGAUCUAAGAGAUAAUAGUUGGUUGCAGAGACAAUUUGAGAUAAAGGAGAAAUGGGCUUUGGUUUAUGGGAGGAAAAUAUUUUGUGCUAUAUGUCUACUACUCAGAGAAGCGAGAAGGUUGGUUGAUGAUAGACGCUUUGAAGAAUUGCAGUCACCUCAGGAUGGUGCCUUUAGCUCAAGGAAUCAGUUACUGCCUCAACAUACAAUGCAGAACUAUUACGGGGCAAAUUUAAAUACACGUGGUUUUACUGAAACGUUGAAUUUGAUACAGGCACAAUUACCGAAAAUAAGAGAGCAAAGAAAUGAUGAAGAUGCCGGAUAA